CCCAUCUCAUCCCCACCCCUACCUCAAUCCUCCAAUACAAUCACUGCCAACCAUUCCCACAUCAUGCCAACCGCCAAGGAGAUUGAACAAGCGCACAAAAUACUUUUUGAUGCGGGCAUCGAGAUCCGCCGGGAGGUUGCCGGAAGCGAUUACGUCGAUGCCGCUCUCAAGCGCUUCUCGUCCGAUUUCUCCAAGCCAUUGCAGAGCUCGUUGACUGAGAUUGGCUGGGGCUGGAUAUGGAGCCGUCCUGGGCUCACUCGUAAGCAGAGAAGCUUGCUGAAUCUGGGUAUGCUGUGUGCCUUGAACAGAAGCACCGAGUUCGGGGUCCAUGUCCGUGGUGCAUUGAACAAUGGGCUGAGCGAGGUGGAGAUUAGGGAGGCAUUGCUGCAGGUUGGGGUAUAUUGUGGACUUCCGGCCUCCUUGGAAGCAUUCCGGGUUGCCGAGGAAGUCAUCAACAAAUAUAACAACGAAUCUAAGCCUAAAGCGAAGCUUUGAAACAUCUCAGUUACAUCGAGCCUGAAUCCAUUUAAAAGUUUAUACCUUCUUUCUCGGCUUUAGCAAAUUCUUCCUGCAUGAC